CUGUGGCCUCGGGCCGGUAGCGCCGCUCUCGGUCGCGCUGACUGGAGCGUGGGACGGUGGGUCGCGGGCUCUCGCCGCCGGCCAUCGUUCAGUCCCGCGUCGCCGCCGCCGCCGCCCGCCCCUCAGCCUCAGCCAUGGACUUCGAGGACGAUUAUACACACUCUGCUUGCAGGAAUACUUAUCAGGGCUUUAAUGGAAUGGAUCGUGAUUAUGGUCCUGGAUCUUAUGGAGGGAUGGACCGUGACUAUGGACAUGGAUCGUAUGGGGGUCAGAGAUCCAUGGAUUCCUACCUAAACCAGUCAUAUGGCAUGGACAAUCACAGUGGUGGUGGUGGGGGUAGCAGGUUUGGACCUUAUGAGUCUUACGACUCCAGGUCUUCUCUGGGUGGGCGAGAUCUGUACAGAUCUGGCUAUGGUUUUAAUGAACCCGAACAAAGCCGCUUCGGAGGUAGUUAUGGUGGUCGAUUUGAGAGCUCCUACCGGAAUAGCCUUGACUCUUUCGGAGGUAGAAACCAGGGCGGGUCUAGCUGGGAAGCACCUUACUCCCGUUCAAAAUUGAGGCCUGGGUUUAUGGAGGACAGAGGAAGAGAGAAUUACUCUUCCUACAGCAGUUUUUCUUCACCCCAUAUGAAGCCUGCACCUGUAGGCUCUCGGGGGAGAGGAACCCCUGCUUAUCCUGAAAGUACGUUUGGAAGCAGAAACUAUGAUGCUUUUGGAGGACCAUCAACAGGCAGAGGCCGAGGCCGAGGACAUAUGGGUGACUUUGGAAGCAUUCAUAGACCUGGCAUUGUUGUUGACUAUCAAAACAAGCCCACCAAUGUGACAGUUGCUACUGCAAGAGGAAUAAAGAGAAAAAUGGUACAACCAUUUAAUAAGCCUGGUGGAGCCUUUAUCAAGAAACCUAAGUUAGCAAAACCUAUGGAGAAGAUGAGCCUCAGCAAAUCACCUACAAAAGCUGACCCUAAAAAUGAAGAAGAAGAAAAGCGACGAAUUGAGGCCCGACGAGAGAAACAAAGGCGUAGAAGAGAAAAAAACAGUGAGAAAUAUGGUGAUGGAUACAGAAUGGCAUUUACAUGUUCAUUUUGUAAAUUUCGAACCUUUGAAGAAAAAGAUAUUGAGCUGCAUCUGGAAAGUUCGUCACACAAGGAGACAUUAGAUCAUAUUCAGAAACAAACCAAAUUUGAUAAAAUAGUUAUGGACUUUUUGCAUGAGUGUAUGGUGAAUAAAUUCAAGAAAACAUCUAUUCGUAAGCAACAGACAAAUAAUCAAACAGAAGUUGUUAAGAUAAUAGAAAAAGAUGUCAUGGAAGGUGAGUAUUUACACACAUUGUUUUACAAAUAUAUGUAUGCUUAUAAGGAGCAGAUAAAAAGAGAGAGUGUCUUAACUGCAACAAGCAUUUUAAAUAAUCCAAUAUUGAAGUCACGAUAUGAACGUUUCGUUAAGGGUGAAAAUCCUUUUGAAAUUCAAGAUCAGUCUCAGGAUCAGCAAAUAGAAGGUGAUGAAGAGGAUGAAGAAAAGAUUGAUGAACCUAUUGAAGAAGAGGAAGAUGAGGAGGAAGCUGGGGAAGCAGAAGGUGUGGAAGAAGCGGAGGAAGCAGGAGAAGCUGAAGGAGCAGAAGGAGAGGGGGAUGCAGAGGGAAGGGAGGAGGGUGGGACUGAGGGGGGAGAGGAUCCAGAGGGGGAAGUCGAAGGAGCAGGGGAAGCAGAACUGGACGAAGCAGCAGCAAAGGAGCCUGUUGAUUUUCCGGUUGAGCAACCAGAAGAAAAUUAAAUAUAAGGAAUUAGAUUUAAACAGAGCUUUAAAUUUCUGUCCUAAUGUGGAAAGGGUAAGAAUUUUAAUAGCUUCAAGUAUGAAUUAACACUCAAGUUGCAUGCAUUCCACAUAUUAAAAUUUGUUUUAUAUUCUUUCUAAAUGUUUGGCACUUGUCUAAUAAAAUGAAGGUUAGAUUAUUUAGUUUAGUUUUUAUAGCUACCAAACUUAGAUCCCAUAAAUUGUUUGUAUAAUUUUUAUGCUUAAUUUUUAUUACCUUAUAGGUGUUAUGGAUAAUAGAUAGGUAUUGUUAGUAUAUCUGUUCUAAUCAUUUGAAUUUAAAUGCUGCUCUUGGGAGUUUUUAAGUAUAUACUUACCCUAGAAGAGAUAAAUUGGGCAAGUAUUUUGUGCUCUGUGUAUUUUUUUUUUUUUUUUACUGCAUUGGAUGGUGCGUAGUACUUUGCAUUAAGAUAGCUUACAGGCAUUUUGUGUACCCAGUUCCCUUUGUAGCAAUAAAAUGUUUAUUUUAUUUUAUUUUUUUUAAACUAUUCUGGGAUUAGCAGUUUAAAUGAAACAGUUAAUCAAUUAAAUGAGUAUAUAAAAUCAAUAUUUGCCUUAAUGUAUGAGUUUAGCUCACAAGUACUUCAAGCUGAUUGAGAAGACUUGAAUUAAUUUUUUUUUCCCUGAAUCAUAUUUUUAAGAAGUGUGACUAAAAUAUAUUUUAAACACAUACCAAAGGCCAGUCUGUAACUGACCUUGUUUAUACUUGUUUCAUUUGUUCCUUUUCUCUGUGCCUGUGUCAAAUCUUGAAAUCUUCCUGAAAAUACAUUUGAAUACAAAUAAGUUC